GGUGAGCUCUCCCCAUUAUGGCGGAGAAUGGAUUGUCUCUUCUUUUCAAAUUCAUGUUUUGUGUCUUGAUGCUGGUAUUUUAACCCAGAAUAGAUUUCGCUUUUACUUAAAGCACACUUCGUUUUACUUCAACCACACUUCGUUUUAAGUCAUGGCAGACCGUGGCGUGGAUUUCUCUGGUAUACCGAAAGAGCUUCGAGACCAUUUGGCAGAGUUGGAAUUGGAGCUAUCGGAAGGUGACAUCACACAGAAGGGCUAUGAGAAGAAACGAGCCAGGCUGCUGGCCCCUUUCCUCCCUCAGAUCACCAGUGUGGAUCUGCCUCUCCCAGACGUCCAGCAGCAGUCGUCCUCCGGCCCUACCAGUGGUGAGCCCAGCCCUGCCAGUUCUGACCGUAGCCCUGCCAGUCCUGAGGCCUCUGGUCCCUCUUCUUCCUCUGGGGGCCGCAGAAACCGCAGCGGGGGGGCAAGGGAUGACCGCUACAGAUCAGAUAUCCACACGGAGGCGGUACAGGCAGCGUUGGCCAAACACAAGGAGGAGAAGAUGGCACUGCCCAUGCCCACCAAGCGCCGCUCAGCCUUCGUCCAGUCACCCGUAGACAACUGCACCCCUCCAGACACAUCAUCAGCGUCUGAGGACGAAGGCUCUCUGCGUCGCCAGGCGACUCUGAGUGCAGCGCUGGCCCAGAGUCUCCAGAGCCCAGACUACUGGAUCAACCGCUCAGUGCAGAGCUCCUCCACCUCCUCCUCCGCCUCCUCCACCCUUUCCCACGGGGAAAAUAAGACUCAGACGCAACCGCAGCCACAGCCCACUUCAGCACUGGCCGACAUACUGGCAAGCACACGCAUAGAGAACAGUGUCCCCCCAGAUGUGACGUCCUACACCCCUGAGAGAGGUUCAAGGGUGGACUCCAGGGUAGACCUGCCCCCCAAUGCUAUGACCAGGGGGAUGCCCCGAGGACAGAGCCGCACCAGCAUGCUGGAUACCACCGCUGACGGAAAGCGAAAAGGUGUGCCAGUAAACAGCCGUGUUUCCACUAAGAUCCAGCAGCUGCUGAACACUCUGAAGCGACCCAAGAGACAAGCGCUCAGUGAGUUCUUCCUGGAUGACUCCGAGGAGAUCGUAGAGGUGCCCCAGCCGGACCCCAACACCCCCAGGCCAGAGGGCCGUCAGAUCAUCCCAGUAAAGGGGGAGCCCCUGGGGGUGGUCAGUAACUGGCCCCCGGCCCUUCAGGCAGCCCUGGCACGCUGGGGAGCCACACAGGCCAAGAGUCCCGCUCUCACCGCCCUGGACGUUACCGGGAAACCCCUCUACACGCUGACAUACGGUAAACUGUGGAGCCGCAGUCUGAAGCUGGCCUACACUCUGUUGAACAAACUGGGCACCAAGAACGAGCCUGUCCUGAGACCUGGAGAUAGGGUGGCGCUGGUGUACCCCAACAGUGACCCUGCUAUGUUCUGGGUGGCCUUCUAUGGCUGUCUCCUAGCAGAGGUCAUCCCUGUACCCAUAGAGGUGCCACUGUCUAGACAGGAUGCAGGCAGUCUUCAGAUUGGCUUCCUUUUGGGCAGCUGUGGGGUAGGCCUGGCCCUGACUAGUGAGAUCUGUCUCAAAGGACUGCCCAAGACACCCCAGGGAGAGAUCAUGCAGUUUAAAGGUUGGCCCCGUAUGAAGUGGGUUGUGACAGACACCAAGUACCUGACCAAGCCCUCUAAAGACUGGCAGCCCCACAUCCCCACCGCCAACACAGACACGGCUUACAUCGAGUACAAGGCCAGUAAAGAGGGCACAGUGAUGGGAGUAGCCGUGUCUAAGAUAGCCUUGCUGACUCACUGCCAGGCCCUGACACAGGCCUGCAACUACUGUGAAGGAGAAACAUUGGUCAACGUGCUAGAUUGUAAGAAGGACAUGGGUUUGUGGCACGGGGUGUUAACCAGUGUGAUGAACAGGAUCCACACCAUCACUGUACCCUACGCUGUCAUGAAGGCCUGUCCCAUGUCCUGGGUGCAGAGGGUCCACAUACACAAAGCACGUGUCGCCUUGGUGAAGUGUCGUGACCUCCACUGGGCUAUGAUGGCUCACAGGGACCAGAGAGACACCAACCUGUCCUCCAUACGCAUGCUCAUAGUAGCCGAUGGAGCCAACCCCUGGUCCGUGUCGUCGUGCGACGCCUUCCUCAACGUGUUCCAGUCUCAUGGGUUAAAGCCGGAGGUCAUCUGCCCCUGUGCCUCCUCUCCUGAAGCCCUCACUGUGGCUAUCCGCAGGCCUGGUGCCCGUGGUGCAGCCCUCCCAGCCAGAGCCAUCCUGUCCAUGGGCGGUCUGAGUCACGGGGUCAUCAGGGUCAACACAGAGGAUAAAAACUCUGCCCUCACUGUACAGGACGUGGGCCAUGUCAUGCCUGGAGCUCUGAUGUGUAUCGUGAAGCCAGACGGCCCUCCGCAGCUCUGUAAGACAGAUGAGAUCGGAGAGAUAGUGUUGAACUCCAGGGCUGGCGGAACCAUGUACUACGGCCUACCUGGAGUCACCAAGAACACCUUCGAGGUGAUUCCCGUGAACCAGGCUGGAGCUCCGCUAGGAGAGAUCCUCUUCACUAGGACUGGCCUGCUGGGCUUCGUAGGGCCGGGCAGUCUGAUCUUUGUAGUGGGAAAGAACGAGGGGCUCCUGACGGUCAGUGGUAGACGACACAAUGCUGAUGACCUGGUGGCCACCGCCCUGGCCGUGGAGCCUGUUAAAACUGUCUACAGGGGGAGGAUCGCUGUGUUCUCAGUGACCGUGUUCUAUGAUGAGAGGAUAGUGAUCGUAGCAGAGCAGAGGCCUGACGCCAGUGAAGAGGACAGCUUCCAGUGGAUGAGCCGAGUACUACAGGCCAUAGACAGUAUUCAUCAGGUGGGUUUGUACUGUCUGGCCCUGGUUCCGGCCAACACGUUACCCAAGACCCCGCUGGGAGGGAUCCACAUCUCUGAGACCAAACAGAACUUCCUAGAGGGGAACCUGCACCCCUGUAACAUCCUCCUCUGUCCACACACCUGCGUCACCAACCUGCCUAAACCGCGACAGAAACAGCCAGUUGGUGUGGGCCCGGCCUCUAUCAUGGUUGGUAACCUGGUAGCGGGGAAGAGGAUGGCCCAGGCUGCAGGCAGAGAGCUGGGAGUGCUGGAGGAAGAGGGCCUGGUCAGGAAGCACCAGUUUCUGUCUGAAGCCUUACAGUGGAGAGCCCAGACCGACCCUGACCACGUCCUCUAUGUGCUGCUCAACGCUAAGGGGGUAGCGGUGUGCACGGCCACAUGUAGUCAGCUGCAUAAGAGAGCAGAGAAGAUAACCUCAGCCCUGAUGGAGAGAGGAGGCCUCAACACUGGAGACAACGUAGUGCUGCUAUACCCUCCUGGCAUUGAUCUUAUAGCUGCCUUCUAUGGCUGUCUGUACGCGGGGGUGAUCCCUGUAACAGUGCGGCCCCCUCACCCCCAGAACCUGUCUGCUACCCUGCCCACCGUCCGCAUGAUCAUCGACGUGAGUAAAGCAGCCUGUAUCCUAACCACCCAGCCCCUUAUGAGGAUCCUCCGGUCCAGAGAGGCUGCUGCCAGCGUCAACGUCAAGACCUGGCCCACUAUCAUAGACACAGACGACCUCCCCAGGAGGCGGCCCCCCCAGCUCUACAAGCCCCCCACAGCAGAGAUGCUGGCCUACCUGGACUUCAGUGUGUCCACCACAGGCAUGCUGACCGGGGUCAAGAUGUCCCACUCGGCGGUCAGUACUCUGUGUCGCUCCAUCAAGCUACAGUGUGAGCUCUACUCCUCACGCCAAAUAGCCAUCUGUCUGGACCCCUACUGCGGCCUGGGCUUUGUACAGUGGUGCCUCUCCAGUGUCUACUCAGGUCACCAGUCCAUCCUGAUCCCUCCUAUGGAGUUGGAGCUGUCCUUGCCUCUGUGGCUGAGCACCCUGAGCCAGUACAAGAUCAGAGACACCUUCUGUUCCUACUCUGUCAUGGAGCUCUGCACCAAGGGCCUGGGAACGCAGACUGACGCACUCAAGGCACGGGGUGUGAAUCUGUCGUGUGUGAGGAGCUGUGUGGUGAUAGCAGAGGAGCGUCCCCGGCUGGCACUGACCCAGUCCUUCUCCAAGCUGUUUAAAGACCUGGGUCUCUCCCCCCGCGCGGUCAGCACAGCCUUCGGAUCUAGGGUCAACCUAGCCAUCUGCCUACAGGGAACUGCUGGACCAGACCCCUCCACCGUCUAUGUAGACAUGAAGUCCCUCCGCCAUGACAGGGUGAGGUUGGUGGAGCGAGGUGCCCCCCAGAGUCUUUCACUCAUGGAGUCAGGCACUAUUCUUCCAGGGGUGAGGGUGAUCAUCGUGAACCCGGAGACCAGGGGACCGCUGGGGGAUUCCCAUCUUGGAGAGAUCUGGGUUCAGAGUCCCCACAGUUCCAGUGGCUACUACACCAUCUAUGGAGAGGAGAGCUUGCAGGCGGACCACUUCAACACACGGCUGAGCUUCGGGGAGCCCCACACCCUGUGGGCCAGGACGGGAUACCUGGGCUUUGUCAAGAGGACCGAGCUACUGGGGUCCACCGGAGAUCGGCAUGACGCCCUGUUUGUGGUGGGCCAGUUGGAUGAGACGUUGGAGCUCAGGGGGCUUCGCUACCACCCCAUCGACAUUGAGACCUCUGUGUCCCGGGCACACCGCAGCAUCGCUGAGAGUGCUGUGUUCACAUGGACCAACCUCCUGGUGGUAGUGGCUGAGCUGGCCGGGUCGGAGCAGGAGGCCCUGGACUUGGUGCCUCUGGUGACCAAUGUAGUGCUGGAGGAGCACCACCUGAUCGUGGGCGUGGUGGUCGUCGUGGACCCGGGCGUCAUCCCCAUCAACUCCCGGGGAGAGAAGCAGAGGAUGCACCUCCGGGACUCAUUCCUGGCCGACCAGCUGGACCCCAUCUACGUGGCCUAUAACAUGUGAGAUGUGAGGAGAAGGGCCAAGCCCGAGACACACUGGGGUGAAGGCUGACUAUGGGGGUCCACUGGGGUGAAGGCUGACUAUGGGGGUCCACUGGGGUGAAGGCUGGCUAUGUGGGUCCACUGGAGUGAAGGCUGACUAUGGGGGUCCACUGGGGUGGCUGGCUAUGGGGGUCCACUGGAGUGAAGGCUGACAAUGGGGGUCCACUGGGGUGGCUGGCUAUGGGAGUCCACUGGAGUGAAGGCUGGCUAUGGGGGUCCACUGGAGUGAAGGCUGGCUAUGGGGGUCCACCGGGGUGGAGGCGAGGGUGUGUAGAGGCUCUAAGAAUGAGUUGGACAGAGAGAGAGGCGGGGGUGUGGGAUGGACUGCUCCUCCUGAGAACAGACCUCUCACAUUCACUCAUCUGUCAGUGGGACAGCGUGGCAGAACAGGAGUGGCGAUGGUGAAUGGGCUUGGACUUAGUUUAACCACCCUGUUACAGUGUCUUCUGCCUAAGUGCGUGCUCUCGCCAGAGUCUACUAUGUUUAUUGAGUUUUUCGGUGGGAGGGAAGCUACAGCAUGUCCGUUUGCAUGAGGUUGAGCUGCUUCUUACUGGUGCUUAUCCAACCACUCCCCACCUCUCUCUGACAGAGGAGGAAUAGGAUUGGUUACUUCUUUUUGAUUGAUAUUUAGGUCCACCUGUCAAGGAGACGUUUGCCAAUCUUUGCCAUCCACUGUCUCUCCCCUCUUCUCUCCCGACUGCUCCGAUCAAUGAUUUUAUCCCCAGAAAUAAUGAUUUUUGUGCAUCUUGUUUUACAGAGGAAGACAAAAACUGUAGAGAUUUGUUUAUCGUCUCAAUCCAUUCCAUGGUUUGUUUUUAGUUUAGCCUGUACCUUGCUCUCUCCUUUCUCCUGAGGGAUCCACAGUCCGUCAUGUUUGUCAGGAUGGGACCGUGGAGCCAAUGAGACGAGCUGGAAGCCCCCCCCCCAUGCACUUUAACCUUUCCUUGUCCUUCCAUAAUCUGUCCUGUCUCUCCUAGCCUGGUCUCAGAUCUGUUUGUGCUGUCUUGCCAACUCCUCAUGUGACAAUGACCGUGCAAACAGAUCUGAGACCAGGCUUGGUGUGUCCCAAAUGGCACCCUAUUCCCUAUAUAGUCUCCUGGGUAGUCAAUGUGAAACUGACUUCCUCUAACCACCAUUUUUUAUGAUACAAUUCAGAUCAACAACUAUUCAAACAAUACAAUACCGCCAGCAAGUACAGCUCACUUCAGGCCAACGGAUGCCUGCACUUCUAUAGCUGCACUUACAUUCCGAGCUGCGAUCGAUCGGUCAUCUUACGUUUCUGUCCCACACAUCUCUAGGUUUGUUUUAACGGCUCACUGCUAUAUUACAAGCUUUCAGAUUUGCUGGAAGAAAUCACUUUUAAAACCCACUUUGAAUUGGUAUGGAACGAAAAAGGAUGUGCAACAAACAUAUCAGCAGCAAACGGAAACAACAAAACGGACAAGCUGUUUAAGUCCUUGGAUGUAUGAGCGGGAAUGACAGUGAUCUUAUCGAUCAUGUAAAGAAAAGGAACUCCUGUUUAACUGUAACGCUAUUCAAUGGGCUUGCGGUUAUAUGUCUGUGCAGCCACAAGACCAGGUAAACUAGUGUAGAUAUUUACCUUUAAACAUCUGUAUUCACUAUAGUGCACCAUACAGUAAUGAAUUGUAAAUAAUCAUUAUUUAAAUAUCAAGCAAACACAAUACCGGUAAUAUGGAACAAUAAGAUUGACUUCUGAUUAUCUUAUUGGCUGAUAUCACGGAGGCUCCUAUACCGAGUCACUAUAUCUUCGCUUGAAUAAGUAUCAGUCAGUCAGUCGACUGCUAGCCUCUGUCACAGGCUUUCAACAAGCGAAGCCUGGCGUCCAAGGCUAGUCAAUUGCUAAGCUUGUUUCUUCGUUCUGUACUGUCCAUUGAGCCACAAAGGGCAUCUUCAACUCUGACUAACUUCACGAGGCUACAUCAGGGUUUUCAGGAGACUGCUGCCCUGUGCCUUUCUGUUGUGUUAACAUGAAAUGUAACAUCUUCAUAAAUCAACGACUUGGUGUAUUAUCAAAACAGUUUGCAGUGGGUAUAAGAUGAGAACAAAUUCUUGCCUUAUAAAACCUGUGGAACUUUUAACAUUUCUGUUUUGAUUUGUCAAAGGCUUUCAUUUUAUUGCUGUGCUUGUGAUGAAUAGAAAAGGGAUUGCAGAGGGUAAGGUUGAGAUGUUGACUGUAUAGCAUAGUGUAUAUUUUAGAGGUCAAAAACUGUAUAACUGGUGUUACUGUGUACAUUGACAUGAUGAACUUAUUCUUUACGUUGAUAAAACUUGACUGAUCUUUCAUACUUGACAGCCAAUAUCUGCAUUACUGACAUAAAAAUAGGCUAAGUAACAAAUUGCAAAAUUCAAAAAAGUAUCUUAUGGUUUGGCAGGUGGUAACAAUUUGCACUUUCCCAUAUCAUUACUGUGUGUGUGUGUGUAUGAUCGUAUGGUUUAAAUGGUGACAUUGUUUGUCUUUCCUUGUGCAAAAAAAGUUUCAUUGCCCUUUUUAAUUAAAUGAACAUCAAAAUAUUGAACCAUAUUUUAGUUCCAGAUUGGCUUUUUUUAUGUCAUAUUCACUGUACUACAAUUUUUAUCAGUUGAUAAACCACUUUUUUUUAUCCAAAUGAGACAUUAUUGAUUUAAAUGUAAUUCUAAUGGUUUUUCAUGCAAGAUGUUAUGUUCUCUUUCUCAUGAACUCUUCUUUCAACAACCCUACAUUAACAGCACAACUCUGUUGCAAAACAAAAGCCUUGUUUGAUUUGGAAGUAGUUUAGACUACUUGAAUGACAGACAAACAUUGUAAUUUAUAAGUCCAUCUCUUGAGUGAAGUUGAAAUUGAAUGGUUCAUAAAUAAAUGUAUUGAAAUUGGA